GUAGCAGUUUUCGCACCGCUAUCGCCGUUCACUAUCUUUGCGGCUAGCGAAGGGGAACCAUGUCAGGCACGGGAGGUAAGCGUGCCUCUGGAGGGGACAGUCCCCCCGGACCCCCUGAAAAGAAGAUGAAAAAAGAGGAAAAGACUACGACCACCCUUAUCGAGCCCAUUCGUAUUGGGGGAGUUUCAUCCACGGAGGAAAUGGACAUGAAGGUCCUUCAGUUUAAGAACAAGAAGCUCCUUGAGCGCCUUGAGCAGAGGCAGGCAAUUGAAGAUGAGCUCAGAGAGAAAAUUGAGAAGCUGGAAAAAAGACAAGCAACUGAUGAUACCACACUUCUCAUUGUUAAUCGUUACUGGACCCAGCUGGAGGAAAAUGUUCAAGAGUUACUGCAACGCGUUGAACCUGAGGUUACUCCAGCACCUGUGCAGACUCCCGUUAGUCCCCCAGCCUCUGUCCCUGCUUCUGCAACAGCCCCCUCACCUGCCACUGAUGUUCCUGCCCCUUUGCCAACUCCAGUGGAAGGAGAGGAUGGGCUCCCUCACCCUCUGCCUCCAGCAGAGGAGGAGAAACAGCAGCAGCCCGAACAGGUACAGAAGCAGGAGCAGCAACAGGAACAAGAGCAACAGCAGGCUGAUGCUGCGGAGAAGCCUCCUGAGGAGCCAGUAGGGGAUGGAAUACUUGCUCCUCCUCCACCUCCUCCAUUAAGCGAGAGUGCAAAGGCCUUCCUCUCCACUCUGGAUAACAGCAGCGAGGAGGAGCUCAGUUUGCAGCUGCAGGACAGAAUGCAGUUCAGCAAGGGAGCAGUAGCCUGCAUGGUCUGCAUCUUUGACCGUCUGCACAACUCCAUUGAAGAUCUGUGCUCUCGUGUACAAACAGCAGUAUGUGAAGAUGAUGCUCAGCGGGAGAUUGUUGCUACGACUCGCACGCUACUAGAAGAGAAUAAUAGACUUCAAGACCUGGCUUCCUCCCUGCACGGGAGACACCACAAAAUGUCAUUGGAGUAUAAUGAACUGGUUGACAAAGUCACAAGUUCUGAGACAAAAGUGUCUGAGAUGGAGACGGCUGUGGAAGACCUGCAGUGGGACAUCGAGAAACUCCGCAAAAGAGAACAGAAGCUCAAUAAGCACCUAGCGGAGGCUCUUGAGCAGCUGAAUUCGGGCUACCAUGCCUCCGGCAGCUCUGGUGGCCUACCUGGUGGUCAGAUUACUCUAAAUAUACAGAAGUUUGAGUUGCUGAAUGCAGAGCUGGAGCAGAACCAGGAGUUGGCCAAUAGCCGCAUGGCAGAGCUGGAGAAAUUGCAGCAGGAGCUACAGGAGGCAGUUCGGGAAAGUGAGAAACUGAAGAUGGACCUUCGGAACAUUCCAGAGGAGGUGGUGAAGGAGACUCCAGAAUACAAGUGCCUCCAGUCUCAGUUCUCUUUGCUGUACAACGAGUCUCUAGGAGUGAAGACCCAGCUGGACGAGGCCAGGGCCCUGUUGCUUACUGCCAAGAACGCUCACCUACGGCAGAUAGAACACAUGGAGAGUGAUGAGCUGUCUCUUCAGAAGAAGUUACGAACUGAGGUCAUCCAGUUAGAGGACACGCUAGCUCAGGUGCGCAAGGAAUAUGAAAUGCUAAGGAUCGAAUUUGAACAGAACCUUGCCGCCAAUGAGCAAGCAGGUCCAAUAAACAGAGAAAUGAGACAUCUAAUUAGCAGCCUUCAGAAUCAUAACCACCAGCUCAAAGGGGAUGUGCAGAGAUACAAGAGGAAGUUGCGUGAGACUCAGAUGGAAAUCAACAAGUUGAAGUGUCAGAGCGGAGAAGCCGGCAGUAUGCUGAUGUUGGAGGAGAAUGUGAGUGAUGGAGGACUGGAUGUGAAGAAAGAGGAGGAUGAUGACCAAGAAGAAGAGGAGGAGAGGAGGCGAGAGCUGGAGAGACAAAGAGCACGGGAGCGUGAGAGAGAGGUGGAGAGAGAGAGGGAGAGAGAAAGAGAGCGGGAAAGGCAGCGCAGUGAGGAGCUGAAGAGGAAAGACUCUGACACACUGAAGAUGCUCAGGACAGAGCUCAAGAAAGCUCAGGAGUCUCAAAAGGAGAUGAAGUUGCUGCUAGACAUGUACAAGUCUGCUCCAAAAGAGCAGAGGGACAAAGUGCAGCUGAUGGCAGCUGAGAGGAAGGCCAAAGCAGAGGUGGAGGAGCUGAGGCAGCGGGUACGGGAGCUUGAGGAGAGAGAGAGGAAGGAGAGCAAGAAACUGGCUGAUGAAGAUGCUCUGAGGAAGAUUCGAGUGGCAGAGGAGACCAUUGAACAUUUGCAGAAAAAGCUUACUGCCACAAAACAAGAGGAGGAAGCCCUGCUUAGCGAGAUGGAUGUGACAGGUCAGGCCUUUGAAGACAUGCAGGAGCAGAAUAGCCGACUAAUGCAGCAGCUGCGAGAGAAAGAUGAUGCCAAUUUCAAACUGAUGAGUGAGAGGAUCAAAUCUAACCAGAUCUAUAAGCUGCUGCGAGAGGAGAAAGAGGAAUUGGCUGACCAGGUUCUCACCUUCAAAACCCAGGUUGAUGCUCAGCUGCUGGUAGUGCAGAAACUGGAGGAAAAGGAGGGCAUCCUGCAGAGCUCACUGGCUGCUCUGGAGAAAGAGUUAGCACUACGCACACAAGCUCUAGAACUCAACAAGCGCAAAGCAGUGGAAGCAGCUCAGCUGGCUGAGGACCUUAAGGUUCAGCUGGAACACACCCAGGCCAAGCUGAAGGAGAUCCAAACGUCAGUGCUGGAGAAUCGUACUGCACGUGAGAGGGAGAGCGGCAAUCUCAAACGCGCACAGGAGGACUUGUCUCGACUACGCCGAAAGCUGGAGAAGCAGAAGAAGGUGGAGGUAUAUACUGAUGCUGAUGAGAUAUUGCAAGAGGAAAUCAAUCAGUAUAAGGCUAAACUGCGUUGCCCCUGUUGUAAUACUCGGGAUAAGGAGACUGUGCUUACCAAGUGUUUCCAUGUCUUCUGUUAUGAGUGCUUGAAGACCCGCUAUGACACUCGCCAGAGGAAGUGUCCUAAGUGCAACGCUGCUUUUGGAGCCAAUGACUUCCACCGCAUCUACAUCACUUAAGUUCAAGAUGGGAUGAUUAACAUAAAUAAUAGUAAAGACAUGGGACAUUAUGGAGAAGUAAAUUUAAGAGCAGAGUACACAUUUCUGCUCAAAAGGCUUCUUCCAGUAGAUCCAUGAUCAGUUGGUGCUAGAGACCAAAUGGACAGUGAGUUUGCAGAUUGAAGAGGUGAUGAAGUGAGUGACGAUUAUAGCCAAUAGCACAUAACCAGUGCUUGUUUAUAGCUGAGGUAUCCAAGCCUUUUGGUUGUUUUUCCAUUUUGUUUUCUAGUCUUUUCAAUGUUCUGUAAGUUAAUGUUUUUUUUUUGUUUGUUUGUUUACUUGCAUUUGCUUUUUGAACAUGUACUGGAAAUUUCUAAAAACACUGCACAUCACCACAGUCCCUUAAAUAGAAUUUCCGGUACUCCUCGCAUAAUGUGUUGCAGACAUUCUAACAAGUUGAUAGAAAAUGUGCAUCUGCAAAACAUAUUGCAAAUUUGUUUUCCUUGUGGUAGUCAUGGGUCUGAUCCAAACGAAUAGAGCAGUAAGUCUGUUCAGUAAUAGGAUCCAGCUUCUGAUGUAAUGCGCUACUCUCUGGCUUCUGAUGGAGUUCUUUAAAGUACAUAACAAACAAACGGACAUAUGAGAGAAAAGCUUAGGACAGGUAUCUAAUGGAUAUUUUGAAGUCACAAUGUUACAAAAUCAACAUGCAGAUUUCCAGAAAAACAAUGUUUCAGAAGUAAAAGUUCUGGAGGUGUCUGAUCUUGAAUGGUUCAGAAUUUACAUUUGCACUAGCUUGGCUGACGUAAAUGGGAAUUCUUAUUUCAUUUUGGGGCCCACUCUCAACAUAAGCUAUGCAGUUACUGAUCCUAUCUUAAGGGGGGUGGAGAAUAAACACCAUAGCUCAUAAUAUGGCUUCAAAAACCUCAAGUUUGAGCAAUGUGUCUUUAUUAUGAUAGCCGGUGAGAGCCAAAAACUGAGGUGGAGUAUCUUUUCGUCCCCAUGUAAGAGGUCUUAUAAGAGAAGAUUUGUUAGCAAGCAUGCAGGUGCUCACAAAGAAUUCACAACAAGGAUAUGAAAUGAGGAUGGACCCAUGGGCCUACUUAAGUGAAGAUCUAAGUUCACGUUUGGCUCGUUCUCAGUCUUCAAGCCACAGAAAGUGUAACUUGUAACUGCCUAUACCUCCACAGAAAGAAGCUCUUGUGUGAGACAAGUCUUAUCCUUGGAAGCUUGAGAUUUGGUAUUAAACACUGUUUUCCCUUUUUUAUUAAAGGGGAAAAAAUAAAUUCAAAAGUUCUGAAUAAUUCAGUCCUUGAGAUUUAAA